AUGGCAGCGCGGGCAGACGAAGCUCCUGUGUUUCCGAGAUCCGGCGGAACUGCUCAUAAGCCGAAGGCAUUCAACCUCGAUACUUACAAGGCCCACGCGCUUGGUGACUACCCUGCAACUAUCAGAUGGCUUGGCACCACAGAUUCAUACUCGACGGAGCCGGGAGAGCUUGAGCACCGCACUUCUAAGGCGCGGUAUGCUCGCACUAGUCGCAAGCAAUAUAUCAGACAAAUUACCCAGAUAGAGUGA